AUGGAGACACUGUGUGAGAAUCUUAUCUCGAGCAUCCUUUUAUGCUUGCCAACCAAAUCUGUUGUCCGAUUUAGAAGUAUGAGCAAGUACUACGAUCAACUUGUGUCUGAACCUAGGUUUGCCACCAAUCAUGCUCUUCGAUCAAACCCUGAUCAGGUACAUGGUCUUCUUCGGUUUACAAGUAGGAAUCCAGAUAAAAUGCUCUUCUAUUCUUUUCAUUCGAAACCAAAUAGUAGAAUUCCUGAAGUUGUUCCAGUAAAUUUUCAAGUCAUGGCUUCUUGCAAUGGUCUUAUUCUAGAUCUCUCUGAUUCUGGUCUUUCUGUUAGUAACCCUGUUGCACCUGAUAGAAUUCAGAUUAUACCAAAACUUGAAACCCCAUAUGGUGAAUAUUGUGAUUUAGGUUUGGCUUAUGACCCAAUUGGUUUCUCUCCACUUGAAUUCAAGUUAGUUCAUGUUUUUAGAAAACAAAUGUUGAAUAUUCCAGACGAUGAAGAUGUUUAUGGUUUGAAGAUAUUUGAUUCAAUUGCAAACUCAUGGAGAGAAUCUAAACCCAAGAUGUUCGUGAGAAAUUCAUUUCAAAUGGAAUCUGAUUUUUAUGAGCUGAAAGUUCAAGCAGUGUACUUGAAUGGACUUUUGCACUGGUUCAGGGCCUGUGGUCAUAUUGUUGUAUUUAAUGUAGAAAAUGAAGAAGCUACGCUUAUUAAGAUGCCUCGAGAAAUGCGAAAAGCAUGGCUUGACAAUCAAGAUUCUCCGUGGUUCGGAGCUGCAGACGGUUUUCUUUAUGUGGUAUAUGUUUCCAAGAGACAAAUUCUGACGUGGGCUCUCCUUGAUCAUGAAACCAGCAAGGUGGGGCUCGUCAGGAACAAUAUCAAAGGGUUGUCAAGAAUGUCUCAUCCCAUUUUCUUUGAUGGUGAAAGGAUUGUUCUGAAAUGUGGUCCAAAGAAGAAAUUGUUGCGUUUGUUCCAUUUGAAGCAGGAGGAGUGGAAGAAAAUUGGCAGGUUACCAAGGACUACAAUGGAUGACAAUACUACCGUGUAUGUUCCCUUCAUCCCUACCUUAGCUCCUCUCAGCAGCGAUAAUCCUUCAAGUACUGGUUCACUUCUAAUCCUUCCCAAUAAGAUGCCGAUAAACAAGAAGUGCAAGAAAAGAAAACGAGACAGUGUCGACAGGAAAUAG